CAUAGUCGAUAGCGCAUUAGAUAGGAGGGAUUAAAGACCAAAAAUAGCGCAUUUACUCUGUAUUUUCUGUAAUAAUUUCUACUGCAUUGCUAUUCAGUAUACUGUACAGUUACACUAAUAUAAUUGAGUACUUUUUUAUUAUUAUUUAUUAGGUGUUUAUUAAAGUAUUUUUAAGAGGUUUUCGCGUCACUUCAUUGACGUCAGUAUUUAACCCGUACCAGAAAACCCAUGACCGACAGCCUCAAAGUGAGCGUUAACGUUUCAUAUUUCAGGACGAGCAUCGACAGAUAACAGGAAGCCAUGGUUGAUGCAUCUGUAUGAAGGACCAUGCAUGCAUGCAUGCAGUUUAUCUUGGGCCACUUGCAGAUAACCGGUGAAUGUAACAUGAGGACCGGUGGAGAAUGACUUCUCAUCUAGGGGGUUGUUACAGAAGACCAGAGAAAAUGAAGAGGGUGAAUGGAUACGUGAUCAUUUAUGUAUUGUCUGUGAUCAGUUUCUGUGCCGCAGGGGCCUUAAAUGUCUCUGCUGUGGAUGGAGACGGCACAGAGAACGGGACUGUGCCAGAUGGUGGUGGCUCAGUUCCUGUGGUGCUCGCCAAAAUAGGCCAGAUCAUAGCCCGGGAGGGAAACUGUGCUUUCAUUGACUGUAAUGUCACUGGUGACCCUUUUCCUAAUGUUCAGUGGUUCAACUCACACGGUCAUCUGCUUGACGCAAAGAAAAGUGAUGGUAAAUGGUGGAUUUUGGAGAAUGGUGUCCUUAACAUCACCAGCAUCACUUUUGCAGAUCGUGGUAAAUACACCUGUGUAGCCUCCAAUGCUUACGGCAUGGCUAACUGCACAGUCACGCUCCGAGUAGUCUUCACCAAUGGAGAUAUGGGUGUCUACUAUAUGGUGGUGUGUCUAGUGACUUUUACGAUCAUAAUGAUAUUGAACAUUACUCGUCUUUGCAUGAUGAGCAGCCAUCUGAAGAAAACCGAGAAGGCCAUCAAUGAGUUUUUCCGUACUGAAGGUGCAGAAAAGCUCCAAAAGGCGUUUGAGAUUGCAAAGCGUAUUCCUAUUAUUACCUCGGCAAAAACACUGGAGCUGGCCAAGGUCACGCAAUUCAAGACCAUGGAGUUUGCACGCUAUAUCGAGGAGUUGGCACGUAGCAUACCGCUCCCGCCUCUAAUCAUGAACUGCCGCACCUUCAUGGAGGAGAUUCUCGAGGUCGUCGGGGUCGAGGAAAUGAGACACACCUUUGUUCGACAAGCACCUGAGAUUCAUGAAGGUAGCGUACAUGGUGACGGUGUGAGAGCUGGAACCUCUGGUGAUGUUUUCACCAUCUUGCAAGAAAGGGAGCGAGCGCGAGAGAGGGAACGGAGCGAGUCGCCCGCUGUGGAUUCGGACGACGCGUCACUUCACGAGCAGCCUCAACACAUAGCCAUUCAGGUUUCUGUUCAUCCGCAGUUAGCUGCAGCAGGAUGCUGCAACAUGGAAGCUCCGCCUCUUUCUGAAAUAGUCUCUUCUCCCCCAUUGGCUCAGGUGCCUUUGGGGGUGGAGUCAGAUGAGAAGGAAAAUAAGCCAGAGUCUGUAGAAGGGGGUGUUGCCACACAGAAAACCCAAGUCAUCUAUGAAAGCCAUGUGUAAUAUCCUGAAAAAAGGAUAAUGACCUUGCUAUGCAUUUUCAGAAAAGGACAAAGGUCAAUAUGUUUGUUUUUUCUUUUGCUCUGAUUAGAGAAACAGAGGCUUCUUCUAUUAUAUAAAAAGCUGCAAUUAUGUGUUAAGUUCUGUAUUCCAUGACAAUGAAUGGGUGAAUCUCACAAAGAAAUGUUACCCCCCCCCCCCCGCAAAGAAAAAUUAAAGCUAUUUUAGGACCAUUAAAAUUGCAUUGUGCACUAUUUUCAUUAUAAUUAAGCAAAGCAAUUUAGCUGUAAAUGUCAUUCUCUUUUCUAUAAUAAAAAUCAUACUGUCCAAAUAAGAUUUUUUUUUUAUCAGCAUAAAUGUAAUUAACACAAAUACUACCAUAAUGUACGCUUACUGUAGUUUAUAAAUGUGCUUUACAAUGUAAAUAAUAUGAGAUUGUAUUUUCACAUUACAGUAGGCAACUAACAAUUGGGAGAGGAGGGUUUAAAGGUGUUGUAAGUGAAAACAUUUUUUUCAUGAAAAGGUAUGCAAAAAAAAUUUCAUACUCCCUGAAAUAUUAUUAAUAAAAUAAGUGUUGUGAGAAUUCAUCAGUCUGUGUGACAGCACUAGACUCUGUAAACGGCAAACAAAUAUGUGUCAACGGGCCGCGGUCACUGACGCUUUCUGCCUGUCAGUCAUUUUGUGCGUUCUCAUAGUGUUGUAGUUGCAGUGAAUUAUUGAGGCUUAAUGCCAUUUUUAUGACAAGUUUUUCAGUUGGGUUAGCAGGUGCCAAUUGAGGGUGCUAUUUUGCUACUGUUGUGUUUGACAACCGCCUCUGUAUCGUUCCUAUGGUAUAUUUAAUGUGUGGGAUUUUGGAAAGAGGGGGUGUGGCUAAUUCAACGGCUCAGCUCAUAGAAAUUCCAGAAUGGCAAAAUCACUUACAGCACCUUUGAAUUUGUUUAAUUGUCAUAAAAUAAUGUCACGAUGCAAAAUAUACUAAUAUCCCUGAAAUCAAUGUUGAUUGUGGGAUGAAAUAUGACAUGGACAUUUCUGGAAAGUUUUCGUGAGAUUCACCUGAAUACUCGUGCUGAAUGUAUUUUGGGCAAAGUACUUUUUGCGUAGUAAGUUGAAACUAGGGCUAUUGAGGAAUAAUAAGUUCAAAGUCUUAAAAGGCUAACAGUUCUCCUGUGCGAGGUAGUUAUAGAUUAUCCAUUUCACAAAAGAAUGAGCACAAAUGACUGAUUAUACAUUGGAUGAAAAUAAUGUUUUGUUAGAGGCUGAAGUGCAUUUAUCAUUUAAUACAUACAUACAUAUAUAUACAUACACCGUAUUUAUAUAUUUCGGAGGUGAGGUGCAAAAUAAGAUGUACGUUUUUUUUUUUUUUUCUUAAGAUUUUCCCUCUUAAUAUGCAUGAAAAAUGCAUGUCCAUCUGUUUUCAAUGCUGGAUCUGGAGAGACAAAACUCCUUAUUUGUCUUUAUUAUCUCUGUCACGUUGAACAGAAAAACACAGAAUCAACACUUCAAUACGUUCAGCUUGAGAUUGAGGCAUUUUAUUUGAGAUGUUGAAUUCCACUGGAGUCCUUAUACUGUUACUGUAAUAAAUUAUUGAUAGUAUUAUUACUUUAGUAGUACUACAGUGAGUAUUACAUUUUAAUAUUAAGGUCACAGCUAUGUUCGAUUCUUUCUUUCUUUUGUAAGAAUAAGUGGUUGCAGUGUGUUUGUUUUUGUUUUAAAUUACUGUAAACCUUUUGGGGUUCCAAAAAAUUAAAAGGAUUGCAUGACAUUAGAGACCCAAUAGUAACAUUUCAGGCCUUAUUUUAAGAGCGCUAGCGCUAAGCACAGCGCUAUGCCAUAAGUCAUAAGUGCAAAGUUUUUGGUAUUUUCAUGCAAGCGUGAGUUAAGUCUAGGCACAAGUGGGUUUAGGGAAAUUGCGCACGCAAGGCGCUAAUGGUCUGGGUCAAGUGCAAUUUAAUUCGGAGGUUCUUCAGUUAUUGCAGCAUCUGCGUCCGUCCUAUUAUAUAGUCCAUUCCCUCAAGCACCAGUGAUAUAAACAAAGACAGCACAUUCGUAAGAAGUUGUUAGUGUAAAUGGACUGUAUGCCGUGAAUUAGAAGAAUACAUAUAUGGACUUGCAUUAUUUUGUGCAUUAACUGCAUCCUUGUUAAAUGGGACACACUCCUUUUUACGCAUUGAAAAUGUGGUUCAGGAUAUGGAUGUAGGCUCCGUUAAAUUACACUUUUUAAUGGUCAAAUUUGAAAUGUUUUAUUAAUUUAUUAAAAAAACAAAAAAAUAUAACUAAACAUAUUUCUAAAUUAAAAUUACACUUCAAACAAAACGAAAAUAUAACCAAAUAAUGAAGUGGUCCAAACAAUCUAACCAAAUACAAACAUUUUACUCUUUCAAAAUUCUUCCAGAGCCCCUUUUGCAGUGAAUUAAAAAUCUCAGUAACACUUUACAAUAAGGUUUUAUUUGUUAACAUUAGUUAACAUGAACUAACAAUGAACAAUACUUAAGCAUUUAAUAAUCUUAGUUAAUGUUAAUUUCAACAUAUACUAUUAAAUUUUUAAAAUCAAAAGUUGUAUAUGUUAACAUUAGUUAAUGCACUAUGAACUAACAAUGAACAAUUGUAUUUUUAUUAACUUUAACAAAGAUUAAUAAAUGCUGUCACAAAUAUGUUGUUAAUUGUUUAUUCAUGAUAACUAAUGCAUUUACUAAUUUUAACAAAUGGAACCUUAUUGUAAAGUGUUACCAAAAUCUCUUAACGACAACAGGUGGAAAAAUAACAAUACAAAUUGGAUCAUAAAAACAAUUGUAAAUAUAAGCCAUGACCUAAAGUUUGUUUAACACAAAUCUCAUGAAUUUUAGUUUUAUAAUACGGCUACAACAGUGAUCAUCAUGGACAUAAUUUGAUGUUCCACUGUAUUUUCUGAAUUUGGACAUGAACUUUAUUACGACCUGCUGGUGGAAUCUCCAAAUGCAGGAACUGAGUUUAGACUUUAAGCUAAAAACUGACGUGGUAUUGAAACGUCUUUGCCCAAUGACCUCGUGACGAGGAGGAGAGCGUCCCCAUCUCCUUUUAUUUCUCUCCCGCUGAUUGGGCAACUCAGCACUGGGCGUGAAUCCUCUCGGCCCGGCCACGCCCUCCUCCUCGUCACAGACCUGUUUCUCAGGAAAAUAGCAAAUUUUGCCACUUCAUUACCGCACGCAUACACCCACUGUUAGCGCAAAAACUCCCACGCACACCCACUUGCGCAGGACGAAAAUUUUGCUUAGAAUUAGCGCUCUCACGAAAAUUGUAUAAGACGUUGCGCACGGUCUUCGCGGGUAGUAUUGCACUUUGCACGCUUACGUAAAUAGCUCUUAAUUUCUUCUAAUGUCCCAGACAUUUGGGACAUACAUUCAAAUGUUUGCUUCCUAGCAAGGCACACCUCUUAACCUCUUAGAUUCAGUGAAAUAUGAUAGUUCAUCUGUCUGUGAUCUUUUUGCUUUUUUUGGCUCUAAAUCCAGAGUCAUUUGCAGUAGUAGUCCACUGCACUGGUAAAACUCUACAGAUUAAGCACUAGUGAUUAAGAACUUUACUUGUCAGGAUGUGUGAUGGAGUGAUGGACAUGGGGUCCUUCAAACGCUGUUUUUUUUAAGAGUAGUGUAAUAAACUCUGCUGUGUACCCAUUC